AUGAAUAUAUCAACUUCUGUAUCAGAUAUUCUUAACCAAAUUCUCAAUUCAUGUUGCAUCUGCCAAGAACCAAUUAAAAAACCAGUCACUGUCUUGGAAUGUGAUCAUAUCUUACAUUUCAACUGUGCUAUUGAAUUUUUUGCAAUUAGUGAAAAUAUUACCUGCCCUGUUAAAAAUUGCCAAAAUCGAAUUAAAAAUAUAGAAGCAGUUAAAAAGGAUAUCAGUGAUCUUGCAGAAGCUUUAAAACCUGGAAAUACUCCUAAAGUUAGAUCUUUUCUUCAAGAAAUUUCUAAAGAUUUACCCCAUUCUGAUGCAUCAUCUGAAAUGAAAGAAAUACCUCCCUUGACUGUACAGGGAUUUCUUCUUUUAUACGUAAAUAUAGAUCAAGCUGAAGAAUUACUUGCUCACUCAGAGAGAAAUGUGGUUCGUGCAAAAAAAGAAAAUAAGAUAGUUGCUGAAGUUAAAAAAUUACUCCCUAAUGAAAUUGAGUUUAUUAAAACCGGAGAUAACAAAUCUAAAUUUAGAAUAGAAAGGAAAAGUUCAAAUAUAUGGACAGACUUCGAUGUAUUGCAGAGCAAUGACCCAAAGGGUCUUAAUUCUGGUACAAAUUCUUUAGAGUCGAAUUAUACAAUUGAUAAUAGUUGGGGUGGUGCUAUCGUUAGUCUUGGGGGUGGUGCUAUCAUUAGUCUUGGAGGUGGUAGCAUCGUUAGUCUUGGAGGUAGUAGCAUCGUUAGUCUUGGGGGUGGCAUUGUUAGUCUUGGGGGUAGUGCUAUCUUUAGUGCUUAUUUCAUGGUUCUAAAUAAAAAAUAUAGUAAGUAA